AUGAUUGGAAGAAUUCUAAAACCAUUUGCACGAAUCCGAGGCUACACCAAAAAAGAUCUCUUUGAAAAAUACAAAGAAGGCUUCAAGAAAGAAAAAUCAGAAUUUUUAAAUAACCCUGAUUUCUUUAACAACUAUGAAGAAGUAAUUGAUAUCCCCCAGCUCCAUUCUCGAGGGUCCCUAACACUAUGUCCUACACCAAUCGGCAAUUUAAAAGACAUUACCCUCCGCCAAUAUCAGGCUAUCAAAACAGCGGAUAUUUUAGCCUGUGAGGAUACCCGUGUGAGUGGUCAUUUAUUAGAGCUUUUAGAUAAUUACAAUUUAUCAAAUCCUCGUGAUGUAGAAUUUCCUCCUAAAAAUUUUGAAGUCUUCCCAGAAAGAGAUGAGUACACAUAUGGGCUAAGCGGUGACUUUAUUUCUUAUACUGUAGAGCAAAUAAAGAAAAACAGAGAAGAAAGGGGAAGAGGGCUUAUGGUCAGCAUUAAUUCUUAUAAUCAAGAAGGCAGAGCCCCAAAACUCGUCAAAGCAAUCAUGGCAGGACUUAAAGUUGUGCUAGUUUCUGAUGCAGGCACACCUUUAAUUUCAGAUCCUGGCUACAGCUUGGUCAGAGAAGCAGCAAAAGCAGGUGUAAAAAUAGAAACUCUUCCAGGCCCAACAGCAGCAAUUACUGCAUUAUCUGCAUCUGGAUUUCCUACACAGUCUUUUUUCUAUCAAGGAUACCUUACCAAAACAAAAUCUGAAAAAAUAUUCAGACUAGAAAAACUAAAAUCCACUGAAUGUACCACGAUUAUCUAUGAAAGCUCACAUAGGAUUUUUGAUACCCUUGAGUGCUUAAAAGAGGUAUUUGGAAAAAAGCAUCAGAUAUUUAUUGGCCAAGAAAUGACAAAAUUCCACGAAAAAUUAUAUAGAGGGAGCAUUGAAGAAGUGUGUGAAGAAAUGAAAUUAGAAGAAAAUGCAAAAGGAAGAGUCCAUGGAGAGCUCACCAUUGUAAUUUCGCCAUUUAUUUCGGAGGAGGAAGAAGAAACUAUUAGGCUUAAUGUAAAGGAGGUAAUUGCUACUUUGGUGGAAACAAUUGAUGGAACUCCGAAAAAAAUUGGGAAACUUGUGAAUUUAUUGACUGGGUAUUCAGCAAAUAAAGCUGCUGCUUAUGCUGUUAAAGGUGAUGAAACUGAAGAGGAAGAAGAAGAUGAAAAUUUGGAAGGAAAAGGUGGUGAAGAAUCUGAUGGGGUACCAGAAGUUUUCCAACAAAUACUUACUCCCAUCCUCCCUCAAUAGAGCAAAACCAUUGGAAAAAUCCCUACUUUUUGGGUAAAAAACAAAAAUUUUUAUGAAACAAACUUUGAUAUUAAGUGAUAAUUAUUUCAGUGAAUCUCUAGCUAUCAUGUUUAAAUUUAAACAGCUUGCAUUUUAACAUAAAUUUUCCAAAUUAAAUUUAUGUUUUCUUUUCGAAAUGUUGCGAAUUGUUUUUUUUUUAACCUUCGGAAAAAUGUUUACUAUAAAAAGCUACAUAUAUAUUUUUAAAUAAAAUGAACUCCCCUCUGUUAGCAAAUUGUAGUUCAUUGAGGGAGAGAGGGGGUGAGCUAAGAAAUAA